CGCUGAUAGAGUCGCCUCCCGCGAUGCUGGCUCCUCCCACUCCCCCGGCGCUGGUGGCAUGCCUGACCUCAGCAGCCUGGCAAGCAUGCUCGGCGGCGGCGGCGGUGGCGGCGGCGGCGGUGGUGGCAUGCCCGACUUCGGCGCCAUCAUGAACAACCCCAUGUUUGCCUCCAUGGCCCAAAACCUGAUGAGCAACCCGGACAUGAUGAAAAACCUCAUGAGCAACCCCAGACUGCGAGAGAUGGCCAACUCGUUCGGUAGCGGUGGCGGCAUGCCAGACAUGUCUGCCCUGAUGUCAGACCCCAAUAUCGCAGAUAUGUAAGCAAUCUGAUAACAAAAAGUCCACACCUGUAGACUGAAAACUGACACUUUGGUUUCAGGGCAAGAAACUUGAUGGGAGGCGGUGAGGGUGGUGCGGGUGGUGCGGGUGGUGCGCCUGGAGCUGGGCGGGGAUCGGACUCUGAGCACAACUAAUCCUCAUAGAUUAUUACCUUGCCUUUCCUCGUUGCGUUUAUGAAUAGACAGGUGGCAAGAGGAGAAAAGAAAAACCAUUCUUAGAGAGAGCCAUUGGAUGAUACAAUAACAGUGCUUCGCCUCUGGUCGUCUCUUCAAGACUCUUGUUUGCGUUCCAUAGCUGUUAUCCAGAUAUACCCAAAGAAAUGCGCAGAGUUACGUUGUG